UUCGAGCAUAUUUUGUAUUUCCUGGACAGUCGGAGUUCCAGACAAUGGAUUGUCAACGUCUUGUUGGGAUACUUGUGAUGCUAGUAGCUAUAGGGGCGGGAAAUAUGAAAAGGUCAGCCGUGUUCUCUGAUGAUGAGGAUUUCAUGCUUGGAGACCCGACAUCCACAACGCUCAACGCCGAAUACGGCAGUGGCAGCUCCGAGCCUAAACCGGAAAGUGUUUCUCACGUAGCUCAGACAGUUCUAACCAAGAUCCCUAUAGUAGUAGAUUAUCCUCGUUAUUAUAGAGCAGCUAUCCACUACAGCAGUUUAAAAUAUUCUCCUUCACUUGAAGAAAGAAAUUCUAGAGAAUUUAGAGAACUUGCUAGAGAAGUACAGAGAGACUUAGAAAAUUUGUUUAGAAAUCUUUUAGGGAUUCACACUAUCACAAUAUUACAUGUUAGCCGAGGUUUGUUAGUGACAUUUGACCUUGGAUCUGUAGGUGAAGCUACUGAAGAUGAAAUACGGGACACGUUGUUUGAUUCUGUAAGAAGGGGAAGAAUUGGAAACCAAACUGUUAGUGGCCAGGGAUUUACAUUUUCCAAAAUUCCUGAAGUCUCUUGUCCGUCCCAUGUUGGGCGUAAUCCAGACAAGUUACCUAGAAGUGGCAACAACUGGGCCAAUCUUCUCGUUAAUAAUGUCUUCCCCUGUGAUGGUAACAUAGUUGGUUGGGAGUACUACAGAAUCAUAGCCCAAGGUUCUGCAUAUGUUGGCGUGUGGAGACAAGACUUAUUUGAUUCUCAUUUCAACUUAAUCUCAAAAACUGAACUGCCCUCAGCACCUGUUGGAAUAAGGGAAGUGUCUACUAAUCCUAUUUCAGUCAAAAAAGGAGAUUUUAUUGGCAUUUUUUACCCAAGGACCACUCCCAACAACGUCAUAGCCCAAGCCCAGCUUGCUGAUGAAAUACUGUCUUCCAACGAGCUGUAUCAAAACUUUCAUAUUGAAAUCUUUGAUGAUGACAUAACUCAAAACAAUAACCUGAUCGACUUGGAGAACAUUGAUUACAACACCAUCAAUGCUACAUUCUCUCUAAGAGCUGUUAUGGACUAUGAGGUUGGGCCCACUAUUCCAGCAAUUAUAUUAGAGUGUAAGCCAAAUGAAUUUAACUGUGGAGAUGACUGUAUCUCACAAGACCUCUAUUGCGAUGAUCAAAUUGACUGUAACAAUGAGUCAGAUGAAAAAGACUGUGCUCCAGAGCCCGCAACCUGCCCUCGUGGCCUUUUUCUUUGUGAUAAUGGCUCCUGUCAACGUAUUUGUGAUUGUUUGGAGGGAAGAUUCCGCUGUAAAGAUGGAACAUGUAUUGAGAGGGUACAGAAGUGUAAUGGUCAAUUCAAUUGCCCUGAUGGAUCUGAUGAGGGUGCUGUUUGUCAAGAAACUACAGAAAGACAGUGUUCUGAUGAAGAGUUUCAGUGCUACACAGGUACGCCGAUUUGCAUUCCAAGAGAGGAAGAGUGCAACGGAAUUCCAAAGUGUGAGGACAAAUCGGAUGAACUACCAGAUCGAUGUAUACUUCCAGCCUGUCCUCCUGACUAUGUCCGCUGUCAGGAUGGUACAUGUCGUAAAGAAACCUGUGAUGAGACAGAGCCAAUGGCGUGCACUGGGGAACAGUUUAAGUGUAAUGGUGAGUGCUUCUCCCUGAAAUUGAAGUGUGAUGGAUUCAAGGAUUGUGAUGAUGGCUCAGAUGAAGAGAACUGUGAAACUACAGAAAGACAGUGUUCUGAUGAAGAGUUUCAGUGCUACACAGGUACGCCGAUUUGCAUUCCAAGAGAUGAAGAGUGUAACGGUAUUCCAGAGUGUGAGGACAAAUCGGAUGAAAUACUAGAUCGAUGUAACACAUUUCUUUGUGGAUAA